GCAAACCACAGGCUUCCUCCUCCAGAGAGUCGAUCCAGAAGUGCUUUUCUGGAAGGAAAGCUCUUCCCCGACAUCUACAUAACUUUCCAAGUCCACCUCAGGAUUCAGAGUCCUUGCUUCUGGGAUUUGUUGCCUACUUUAUACUGAUAGCAGUCUGCCUAGGUUUGCUGCUGGAUUGUUGCUGAUAUUUCCAAACUUUUUCUUUCUCGCUCCCCACAUUUCAAGCUGAUCAUUGUAUGUGCUGUAACAAGAAGAGAGAGACUUUUUUAUUUGAAUGGAGUAUUCAGAAAUGCUUUUGAAUUCAUUCUAAGCUCUUUCGAUUGCGUUUGGACACUUAACUUUCAGCCAUGCCUGGCCCAGGAACUUUCAGCCUGGAGUAAAUUUCUACCUUUGAUCUUAUUGGAUUGUCUUUCGGGCUGUGGAAUUCCAUUCCUAUCUACCUGCAUUUUGUGCGCGCAUGUGUGUGUGAGAGAGAGAAUUAUAUUUUUCUAAGUAACAGGUUGGUAAAGUAAGAGACAGUUUUUGCUAAGCUGUUAAAAGUUGGUUUUGUCCAGGAUUUAUAGAAACAUUUCCAUCUGUUUCAGCCCCUGGAGAUUCCUGCAGGCAGACUACUCAGCAGGUUUGCAGAUCUCUCCUAAAAAUCCAUAUCUCCCUUCUCAGGAGAAUGAUCAGUGUCCAAAGUCAUUUUAGUUGCUGAAUUUCUCUAUCGUGUCUACAAUUAUGAAGACUCUUCAGUACUUUUUGUGUGACCUUUGGGUAGCCCGUAUGGAUUUUUUUUGUGUGGUGCUUUUAUUUACGAUUGUAUUAGCAUGUGCUUGAAAGCAAUUACAGCAGUUCCUGAGCGUGCACAGGAAUAGCAUAAAACAAGGACAUGUUGGUAACUUUUUUCUCAAAGCCUGUGCCUAAACUUUUAAAAAAUUUUUUUACCUCCUGGGAAUUUGAAGAUAGGUUGAGAAGCCUCUUGUUCAUCUAAUGAAUUUUGGGAACUGAAGAUCAGAAGAUAUGUGCUUUAAAACAGAUUCCAAACACAGAUUACUAGUGACUUCCUAUCCUUAUGCUGAACCAGGAGAAUAAAUCUUGAUCCCUGAGCCCAAGUGAGAGGCAUUUCUAACAGAACAGGCAUGUCAGGGAUCAAAUACAUUUGGAGGAUAGCCCAAUAGCAAACACUUAUUAUUUAUACUGAACUUUAAAAAUACUGCUGUAAUUAUCGAAGGGGAAUAUCCGCUCUCCUCCAACAUUAGUCUUUAAUAUGUGGAGUUGAUGGAGGACACUGAUACUUGUAAUUAACAUUAAAUCGGAAGAGCUUGUGCUUUUGGGAAUGAGAUAUGUGGAGAAGAUAACUAGCUGGAGAAAAGGCCAAGUGCAUCUAAGAUUGAUGUGUUCGACCUGCUGAUCAUCCUGAAAUGUAAUCCUGAAAGGGCAGGAGCUGUAGAGACACAUCUUGCAUGGCAGAGACUCGCUUUGUGAUUAGUUCAGGCAGGACUGAAAUGCUACAUAGUAUUGUUGUAUGUCCUGACUGGGUUUUUUUAAUGCCCAUUUGUUCAGUUUAUAUUGAUCUUUCUGGAUUUAUCCAUUGGAGGAGAAGAAGAAACGCUUGAUUUAGAUUGUUGGUGUUUUGUUUUUAAUUUUGUUAAGGCUCCACAGGCCUUUAGGCACGUGGCACCAAGCAAGAGAAACCUUUAUGGUGAGAAACAGAAGAGGAACCCUAUAAGGAGUGCCAGGAGGAAGGGGCUGUAGGGUAUUGAGCCCCUCUCCCCUCCUUCCCAUCUGCCCCACUGACUGGAAACACACAAAAGCUCUAUACCUAACCAGCUCUGUCAACUGUUGGAACCUGCUGGUGGGGUGAGGAUGCAUUCCUGAGCGAUAUGUGUGGCCGAAGUGCGCUGCUGCAGCUGGUAGCAUGAGUGCUGGCCCCCAGCUGCAGCUGGCUGUCCUCUGGCCUUGGCUGCUAAUGGCUACACUGCAGGUUGGACUUGGCCAUACUGGGCUGGCACUGGCAGUGGAGUCAGAGAGGUCAGCAGCACAGAAGGCUCUUAUUAGGGUGAUCCCCUUAAAAGUGGAGCCAAUCACAUUGGAAGGAGUGUUUGCUAAUGUUGCUGAGGUUACUCCAGCAGAAGGAAAAUUGCUGCAGUUCCACCCGCUGUCUCUGUGUAACACCAGUGAGGACGAGCACACCGGCUCCGGCUUUGUCACGAUUGUCAAACUCGAGCGGCCCGAUCGAGAUCUGCAUCCCUGUCUGUCAUUGGCCAACAAGGCGAAGCUAGCAGGGGAGCGGGGGGCUCGUGCCAUCCUCUUCGACAUCACAGAUGAUGAAAGCGCCGCUGACCAGCUGAGGAAACCCAGGGGCCUGAGUCAGCCUGUGGUUCUGAUCUGGGGCCAUGAUGCUGAGCUUCUGAUGGGCGUCGUGAACAAGAAUCGAGAAGCGCAUGUGAAGAUUGAGGUUAAAGAGCAGCCAGCGUGGCCAGACUAUGAUGUGUGGAUUCUUCUCACAGUGCUGAGCACUGUCAUCGUGAUCGUUCUGAUUUUUGUCACUCGCACCAAGUGUCACUGGAACAGAACUCAGGACUCCUUGCAGCAGCAGACCAUGCAGGCGAUCAGCCGGCUGGCCAUCCGGAAGUUCCAGGCCCGGUGCCGACAGGCCGCCCUAAGGGAUUCGGCCAGCAGCUGCAGCUCAGCCUCCAUCUGCGCUAUCUGUCUGGAGGAGUUCAGCGAGGGCCAGGAGCUGCGGAUUAUUUCCUGUUCCCAUGAGUUCCACAGAGAGUGUGUCGACCCCUGGCUGCAGCAGCACCACACCUGCCCGCUCUGCAUGUUCAAUAUCAUUGAGGGGGCUGCCUUUGCCCAGCCUGCACAUCUGAGGCAGAAUUCCCAGGAUCUGGAACCUGGGCAGCAGCUUCACCUCUUCCGACAACACCCAGGAUACGCCCUGUAUCACCUCCCAGAGGCCCACCCCCAGCGGCGGCUCAGGAACUUUGCUUCGCAGCUCCCCCAUGGCAACCCCUUCUUCCAUUCCCCAGAGCUCUCCCAACUGGAUUUCAGCACCAUGCACUAUUUGCCAUACAGGCCAGUGGGCUCCAUGGCCACAUGCAGCCAUCAACCCUCUCUAGCCCAAGGCCUAGGGAAUGAGCAGCACCGAAAAUCUCCAGCAUGUGGACAGAUGCCAUCUUCUCACAGGACCUGCCCACUUCAGCACCAGGCCCAUUGCCUGGGAUUCAGGACUGCGGCAGUACCGAGACAGCACCAUGCUGCCCCUCUUCAUUGGGGAACCAGUCAUGGAAGGCAGCACAUCAGCAGUGGCUCAGGGGAGAGCUAUCUCACAGAGCACAGUGGGUACCUGGCUGAUGGUCCAGGCAGUGACUCCAGCUCCGGACCCUGUCAUGGCUCCUCCAGUGAUUCUAUGUUGAAUUGCACAGACGUCAGCCUCCAGGGCAUCCAUGGCAGCUGCUCCACCUUCCGCAGCUCCCUGAGCAGUGACUACGACCCCUGGGUGUACUGUAGCUCCACUGACAAUGGCCAGGAGCAGCUGCAGCCUCCCGGGGAGCCAAGGCCGAGGUCUUUGGACUUGAAGGAGACUGGCAGCACUGCAUUAGCCAAGAGUCAGAUACUGAGUCAUGUCCAUUAUCACCACCACAGGCAUCAUCACUACAGGAAAGACCUGGAGUGUCCAUCUGGGAGAUCAGGCCAGGAACCCAGCCAGCAUAGGCCCCAGUUUGCUGGGGCUGUGCCCAGUGCCCGGACACAAAAGAGGACUGAGAAAACUCGUCACUGCAAACAGCCUCUCGAAAGCAGCCCAGGGUCCCAGGAUGCAUCUCUGUCAGGACAGCCCUCCUGUGUGCAUCAGGGACCUGACCUCUCAAAGCACCUUUCUUCUUCUGCAGACAGGUCUGACUUCAGUAGGCAAGCUGGAGCAGCUGGUCCAUUGCCUUGCCCGCUGUCACAGAAACAUGGCUUACAAAGCCGUCACCACAGAAGGAAACGGAAGUGCCGCCCGGAGCCUGUCCUGGCUCACCUUUCAGAGGACUCAGACGUGCACAAAGACUGCAAUGUUCACAUUCACUAUGGCCACUCCCCUGGCUACUGCUGCUCCCCAGAAGUUCAGUCAUUGUUGCCAACGGCCCCUAUGCCCUAUUGCUCAGGCUCUCAGGUGGUUUGGAAGUGCCGAGUCCCGCCCUCCAACUUGGAGUCCCAGCAGCAGGACAAGGACCUAUCAGAACGGGAGGGGAAACCCACAUAUCCAGGUGAAUUCUCAGGGACAGGCACUGCAGAAGACAACACAAGUCUUUACCUCCCCUGCCAAACUCUGCAACACAAUCAGGGAUCCAAGAAGGCGAUCCAAGAUGUGUACGAACAUUCUGUUUAAUGAAAGAUGAACUCAUCUGCAUACUACAGAGAGCCAGAGUGGACAAAACAUUCAGGAAAUGAACAAGAACUGGAAUCAGUGACUUAUUUCCUGUUUCUCUGAGCAGGUAGUGUAGUAACAGUCCUAGUCUCCCCACACUGAGAAACAAAAUGUGCUGGUAACCUCCAUGAUGCCCCCUUCUGCCUGCUCCCUGCCCACUUUACUGUAUUGUGGUCACACAAAUCCACCGCUCCUCUCUCUUUUUAAGGCAUAGACAGCACACACUGAUCAGAAGACACUCUGGGGGCAUGGACUUACUCAUUCCAACCCUGUGUCCAGUGUUCGUUAUCUGGAGAGCCUGCUGGGUAGACAUACACCGGUAUUUUGGCAUGGUCACAAACCUGGCGGAGUUUGGAGGCUUUUGGAAAUGUUUUGGAAAUGGGCAGACUAGUGAGACUAAAAACUGCAGAGAUGACAUUAUAGAGCCAAAUAGCUCCUGCCUUUUUCAUUUUGUCACUUAGGUCAAAGUCAGGCCAGCCUACUUCACUAACCCUGAAUCCUCUUAUUUCUCUAACUUAAGCACAAGAUGCUCUCUUCCAUUUCUACACUGCAGGAGCUCUCUGAGGUCCUGAGUCCGCAAGAUGCUUCCAUUGACUGCAGUGGGAAUUGAGGGUUCCUGCCACUUGGCAAUUGACUGUCCUUCAGCUGAGGCCAGGGUGGGGACAACUUGUCUUUUUGCCCAUACUAGGAUCCAGCUGGAGGAGCAGUGAGGACAUUCAGGAUUCUGCUAGCAUUUCCAGGAAAGAGCUGGGGCUGAGAAUCUUCUCAGAAUCCAUUACGUUACCUGGAAGUGUUAUUGGAUUCCUCAUUCAUCACGUAAGUCUUUGCUUAAUUAUCAAAGUAGUUAUAAAGGCCAGGUCUGUAACAGUGCUGAGUAGCUCACUUGCAGUGCAUGUUUCAAAGCCUCUCUUUUCUGGAAAGCUUGGGAAUCAUGGAGAAAUGAGAGACUACGCUCUUAAUCCAUGAGCCAGCAUGGGUCCUCCUUCUCUGCCUUCCUCAUCGUGAUCAUUGCCAUCAUCAUCACAUGACACAGUAAGACGCACACUCAAGUCCCUGGGAAAGCAUCUGGGACAGUAAAUGCUCAGUAGCGCCCCAUCCCAACUAGCAUUUCUGGAAUCUUAAGCUCUUUUCAGUGACCUGCAAAAGAAUUCUUCAAAAUCAGCUGUGUCCUUUUCUAGCUUCUUUCUGAUGGAGACAGAAGGCUGGAAAAAUUAGGGAGGGGUUUUUGUUGUUGCUUGUAUUUACUUUAGAAAUCCAGGAAUUCAUGGAUUCACAAGUGUUAAGGCCAGAAUGGAGCAUUAUGAUCAUCUAAUCUGAGCUCCUGUAAUAACACAAGCCAGGGAACAUCACUCAGUGAGUCCUGCCUCAAAUCCGUGAUUUCUUGUUGCAACAUAAGAACAUAUGGACUGGAAAGGACCUCCUAGGUCUUUGACUCCAGUCCCCCGCUGUCGCAGCCAACCCUGUCAGAUAAUCUCAUUCAUAACUGUAUCAAUCUGCAUUUUAAAACCAGUGAUGUUGUUUGGCCCCACUACCCCCCUUGGAAGGCUGUUCCAGAAUCACACUGCUCUAGAGCUGAGCUAGAGCAGAUCUGUUAGAAAGAGACGCAUAUUAAAUUUGACCUCAGUUCAGUGUGCAGCUGUGGUCAAAAAAGCAAAGAAGAUGCAUGCAGAAUGGCACUGACAAUAAUAGGGAAGCUAUUAUAAUGCCAUUAUAGAAAUCGGUGGUGCAGCCUCCCCUGGAAUGUGCAACUCUAAUCAGCCCUCUCAGGAAGGAUAGUGUGGACAUGAAGGGUUUCAGAGGGCGAGGGUGAUGAGAAUGAUCAGGGACUGGAAAACCUCAUGUGGAAAGACUGGGAUUGUUACCUUAGAGAGGAGACAGAUCAGACUAAUGAACGGUCUCAAGAAGGGAGCUGCCAUGGGGGAGGGGGGUGCGCCUUAGGGCAGAGGGUUGCUACAGGGCUCGGGGGGGUGGGGGCGCAAGGGUGGAAGUUUCGCCUAGGGUGCGAAACAUCCUUGCACUCGCCCUGACUGUAGGAGAGACCAGGCCGAGACCUAAUGUGGAGAUAGAUUUUCCCACAGCUGCUACAAUGAGGUGGUUGCGCUCAGGGGCAAUAGGUUUGUAUAAUUUCUGGUGGUGCCCAGAAUGAGUCCAAGUCAUGAGAGGGUGAGAGGUGCAGCGCUUAUCUCGAGUGGCUCCCCAAAGCAACCUGCACACCCGUCUGACAGCGGCACCGAGGCAGGGGGGCUGGGAGUCUUUGUGUGCCAGUGCCCACAGGCACUGCUCCCGCAUCUCCCAUUGGCUGCAGUUCCCGACCAAUGGGAGCUGUGGAGUAGGUGCUCAGGGCGGGGGCAGCCCAGGGAGACCUCCCCCCGACCCCCGGGGCUGCAGGGACAUGCCAGUCGCUUCCAAGAGUGGCAUAGAGUGAAGGUGGGCAGGAGGCUGCCUUUUUUAAAUCACCUGGGGGCAGCAGGCAGGGCCAGAAGAUGCUC